AUGCUUAAGCCCAGGGUAGGGAAGGGGGAGAGUCUCCCCAAGGAAAUGUUUGCCGAUAGCGCGCCUUUUUCCGUGCCCUCUAGCGUUCAGCAUUGGAGAAGAGCGGCGCCCCCAUAG